AUGCCAUCAGGAUGUAAACGAAAUAGGACCGUUGCUUCGGCACGCAGUUUUAUUACUAGAAUUCAUUACCAUCCCAACCUGCAAUUCGGGCAUUCUGGAGUUAUAACCUCGCUGCCAGAGUCUAUGAAGCCAAAAAAUAUCGACUCUAUUCGAACUCUUAUCCAGGUGGCACAUACCGACGGGAAUUAUCUGGGUGAUUCAUGGUUGCACAUCUUGCGCUGCAUCUCCCAACUGGAGUCGGCCCAGCUUAUCGCGCCGCUACCUGCCACUGUUUCCCAGACUCCCCCCAGUCUCGCCGGCCGCCUCGGGCGAGGCCUAGGAACGCAUACUUCAUCAAUAAAUGCCGGUUCCGCAUUGUCUCCUCAAGCUUCCAACAAACGUUCCUCCUCACAUCUCACUCGUUCCCAUUCCUCUGUUAUGCACCCUACCUACGGGGCUCCCGGGUUGGCUGCCGCAACAGGUAGUGGGGGUAGUAUGAGUGGAGGAGUUUUUGCCACUGGAGGACCUUCUUCUAGCCAUAUCAAUCCUUCUGGCAAUCCCGUCCUUGCUCACAGCCUAAUGGCAGCACCUGUGGACGCCCGCAAGGCAGCCGUGUUGCAAGAAGUAAUGGGUGAGACCGGGGCUCAGAGCAUUGCCGUUGCAGUGGACAAGAUCUUCUCAGGCAGUAUUCGGCUUGAUGGCGAUGCCAUUGUUGACUUUGUCCGGGCACUUUGCCAAGUCAGUCGAGAAGAGUUGUCUCUAUCGCAUCCUCGCACAUUCACUUUGCAGAAGCUGGUUGAGAUCUCUUACUACAACAUGGGCCGUAUUCGACUACAAUGGUCGCGUGUUUGGGAACACGUAGGUGAACAUUUUACUUCUGCUGGCCGGUCGGACAACGUAGAUGUGGCUGUUUUCGUGGUCGACUCACUCCGCCAACUCUCCGUGAAAUUGAUUGAGAAGGGAGAAUUCCCCAAUUUCCACUUUCAGAAAGAGUUUCUCCGGUCAGUUUCUUUGGCUUUCUUCUUUAUCACCUAG